AAUGCUUACUAUAUCAGCACGCAUGCGUUAGUUGAAAUACGUUCGUUACUUUCUACACGCCACAAGUAGCGUUACACAGUUAAUUGUUUUCAAUCGGCGUUGUCGGUGAUAAUUGUUGAUAAGACUGAGACUUAUUUUAUUGAAGUCACUCAAAUAAAAAAAUUAUACUCACAAUGUUACGUUCCAUAUGCAAACUAUCUCAUAAAAUAACUGGACAAAUGACUGUCGAUAUUCUAUCUAGGAGUAUGGCUGGUCAAGCACCACAAAAAAUGGAAGAUUACUUCAAAGGCAAAAAGUUUAUCGUCACUGGAUCUUGUGCUGGUAUGGGUGAAAAAAUUACAGAGAGAUUGAUAGAUUUGGGUUCAUUUGUUUACGCGGUAGUAGAGAAGGAAGAUGGCGCUACUAAACCGUUACCAAAUACUAAACAAAUAUUUUGCGAUGUUUCAAAUUGGGAUGAUACGUAUAAAAAAAUGUACGACAUUGGUCCAGUACAUGGUUUGGUCAACAACGCCGGCGUAGCUGUUAUAGAGCCAUUUUUCGAUGUCACCGAACACGGUUGGGAUAAGACUUUAAAUAUAAACGCAAGAGCCUUAGUGAGAAUAAGUCAGGCAGUGGCAAAAAACAUGAUUGAUGCCGGUAUCAAAGGAUCUAUUGUAAAUAUAUCUUCGACAAUUUCAACGAGAGCUAUACCUGAUCAUACGACUUAUUGUGCAUCUAAAGGAGCCGUGAAUCAAAUAACUAGAACAAUGGCAAUCGAAUUGGGUAAAUACGGUAUCCGUACCAAUAACGUUAAUCCAACUGUGGUGUUGACCCGCAUGGGUAAAAUCGCAUGGUCAGAUCCAGAAAAAUCGGGUCCGAUAAUGAAACGAAUCCCACUGGGCAGAUUUGCAGAAACUGACGAUAUUGCCAACGCUGUGAUUUUCAUGCUCAGUGACUACUCCACUAUGGUAAAUGGAACAGCCCUCGUUGUCGACGGCGGAUUUUUGGCCGGAUAAACAAAUUCUCUAUGAAACAAAGAUAUAAAAGAAUUCACUAGUUCAAUGUAAACAAAUAUACUUUGUUUUAUAUGUAUUAUUCCAAGACGAACUAUUUAAAUAAUAAUAAUAUGUUAUUUAAUAUUUAAUGUAAUAGCAAAUGAAGUAUUACUGUAAAUAUAAGGAAAGUACAUACAUACGUA